AUGUCCUCUAACCAUGCCAGUCUCGAUGCCGCUUCUACAGAUCGCAAAGCUCGCUUGGCAAAGCUCGCAUCUUUGAAGCGCAAGCAACCUGAACCGGUAGCUGAGUCAGAGGCAAACAAAGAGCCAGUAGAAGCGGCGACCAGAAUCAACAACAAGACAGAUAUUUAUCUCUCUGGUCGGAAUUUCGAUGUCCAAACCAGAGGGCCAAAGCUAGGAUUUGAGAAUGCGCCAACAUCGGGUCAGAUUACAUUGGAAGAACGGGCUGCAUCCAUAGCCUCGAAAACUGCGGAACAAGCGAAGAAGGACGAGGAGGCUGCCGAGAACGGCAUUGACCUGUUCAAGCUACAGCCCAAGAAGCCAAAUUGGGACUUGAAGCGCGAUCUAGAUGAGAAGAUGAAGAUCUUAAACGUACGCACACAAAAUGCGAUUGCACGGCUAGUCAGAGAGCGCAUAGAGAAGGCUAAGAAAGAGGCUCAGCUCAAGAAUAACGAUUCUACUGCAGGACAAGACAAGGAAGGAGAGGAGGUGGGAAUUGAGGGUAACAUCUUGGUUGAAGGCGUACAUCUUCGAGAGCGCGAAGAACAGGAAGACAAGCGAAGGGAGCUGGAGAUGGAAGAAGAAGACAGCUAUCACUGA